AUGAUUAAAACCGGCCCUAAGGAGCGUACGAUUUGGCUUGUGGCGCAGUCCAACGUUGCUGUGAGGAAUAUCACAGAAAAGCUUGACAAGGUUGGCUUCCGCGAUUUCAAGCUUCUUGUUUCCAAGGACUUCCAUCAUGACUGGCACGAAGACCUCUACCAGAGCCUGGAACAUUUCAUACUUUGCACGUUGAGCACGCUAUCCAAUCCCAAUAUCGAUACCAUCACUCGUAUUGUCUCGGUACAAACCGUGAUAUUUGACGAGGCAAGUCAAAUCGAAGUGGGAGACUACGUGCCGCUGCUUCAGCAUUUCCAGAACAGCCUCAAAAAGAUGGUGUUCAUCGGUGAUGACAAGCAGCCAUGUCGUUUCCUCGAUGUCAAAAUGGGUCGGGAGGAGUCAGUGGGACACAGCUGGAUAAAUCAAAAGGAAAUAUCCGCGGUUAUCGGCCUCGCCCGUUUAUAUGAAACCCAGGGCAAGAAGUUCAAGAUCCUCACCCCAUACGAUGCUCAGAGGACUAAGAUUGAAGAGCAACUAAAAUCAGCGGAGCUUCUGUGGGAAGACAAGUGCUUCAACGUGGACUCCUUCCAAGGAAAUGAGGAGGAUCAUAUAAUUGUCUCUCUAGUCCGUUCCCAGGGCGUAGGGUUCUUGAAGAACGUGCGCAGGACUAACGUCAUGCUGACACGAUGCAAGAAAAGCAUGAUCAUUUGCACGAGCCGUGAUUUCGUGAUGAGGGGUCAAGCAGCAGGCACGCUAGUCGGGAAGCUUGCUGUUACCAUGGGCCCUCAGGCCUGGCAGGACACUCACAGGGACAGUCAACCUCUUGGAGGCCACCUUGAUGCCAAGGUCAGACACUGA